UAACUAUUGAUCUUUUGGCUGCAGCCGCUGGCCUAGCUCGCUGCUUCAGAGGCGCGAAGGCUUCGGCUAGAGCCCUCCUGGCCCUUUGCUCCCCCGGGUGCUGGGGCUGGGUGAUCGCUUCCAUUGACCUUGAGGGCGGGAAAGAGUGAGGAUUCCACGAGUGACAUCAUAAUCACCUCCAAGAUAGAGCCGGAGCCCGGGAGACAUUUCCCAGGAGAAGACUCACUCACUGGCCUUCUCUUGGAUCCUCCUCUUCCUUCAUCUCCCUGUUUCUUCUCUCUUCACACCGUCUCCUUUUGGCCACUCUGGUGCCUAUCCUCUGGGCCUCAAAGGGAGGGGAGGGGCUUCGCAUGACAAGGAAGAUCCUCCACAAAUGAGCAUCACCAAGGAGUUUGAGUUAGGCCCCUGCUACCUGUCCCAAGGAAGAGACCUCAUCUUUUCUCCUCCUUUCAAGCUAUUACCCACCCUUAUUCUGCUGCAGGAACUCUGGAGUGCUGCCUGGGUCACUGCCCCCUGCAUCCCCUGUAGACAAAGGGGCAAGCUGCCUUUCUAAAUCCCGCUCCUCUUGGAUCCUUCCUACUUUCCCUCCCAAACAGCUGAUGUUGUCAGCAUCCACUAAGAGUAUUAGUGGAAAAUGAACAGGCUUCAACCCCGACAAAGUCUGUUCAUAGUGACUGCAGAUAUGAGCAGGUUGCCCAGCUGGAAGAGGGGACAUGCGGCUAGUGUGGAGUCCAGCAGUGACGUGUCUUCCUUCUCCUCUGAAGGUGAAUGCAAGGAGACUGACAGGUGUUGCUGGAAACACCGGCAGUGUGCUGGGCAUAUCAUCCACCCCUUCUCGGACUGUGGCCAUCACAACCGGCACAUGCACGCUGUCAGCCACUGCGACUGUGAAUCUAGGCUGAAGGAUUGCUCAGAGAAGACAAAUAGUAGCAGCUCCCGAGAUGUAGGCCCGACCUGCUCCAGAGACGGGGGCUCAACCUGCUACAACAUCAUCCAUACCCCUUGCUUUGAACUCAUCCCAGAGGAAAAGUGUAUGGAGCGGACCUGGUACAGCUGGUGCAAAAGCUACAGGCCUGUCUCUGUGGCAGUAAUCCACCAUCCUAUCCACCAUGUGUGUAGGACAGAUGACCUAAAUGAGGAGGAUGAGGACGGAGAGACCCCGCCUCCCAUCCCAACUCAGUUGUGUCCCAAAGCCACAUCUACUGACCUAGACAUCAGGUCAGUCCCUGGGGCUCCUGACUCAGCAGCGCCCAUCACCAUCUGGCGUUCUGAGAGCCCCACAGACAAGAGUCAGGAGGGCAAGGCCAUCAAGAAGAUAAAGAAGAAAAAGGAGAAGGAGAAGGACAAGGAGGAUGAGAUGGCGGAUGAAAAGGCAAAGUUGAAGAAGGCCAAGAAGGGCAAGUUAACUAAGAAGAAAAGCCCCGUGAAGUCAGAGUCUUCCCCUCCAGACUUGAGUAGAUCACUAAGCCCAAGAGAACUAGUCAGGGCCUCAGAGUCCAGCCCAGAAAGCCGGGAAGAGCUGGAGAGUGAGGAUAGUUAUGAACGGGGUAAAGAGGGGCCCUCCAGCGAAGAUAUUGUGGAGUCAUCAUCGCCCAGGAAGAGAGAGAAGAGCAUUACCCAGACCAAAAAGAAUGGUACAAAGACCUUACAAACCAGGAAGAUAAGCAAGAGAAAAUCUCCCCCAGUGUCUAACCCCAAUCUUAGUUGAGGCCUGGGCAACCAGAGUGAAUAAAUUGUCUGUAACUGA